UGAACUAAGGGACCAGGAGGAAUAGUUAUCAGUAUGGAGAGAUAUUUGCCAGUUUCGAAGAAGCACAACUCAUCCUCCUCUUUGGAAAAGAUAACCGGCCCAGCAAAUGGGAAUGGGAAUCUUGACCCAGAGGAAGAUUCCAUCCUGGAGGAAAAUGGCUUCAGCUGGGGAGACUAUUUGGAGGAGACAGGUACCAGAGCGGUGCCACACACGUCCUUCAAACACGUGGAGAUCAGCAUUCGGAGUAACUUCCAGCCGGGGAUGAAGUUGGAGGUGGCCAACAAGAAUGAUCCAGACACUUACUGGGUAGCCACGGUCAUCACCACUUGUGGACAGCUGCUGCUGCUGCGCUACUGUGGUUAUGGGGAGGACCGAAGGGCUGACUUCUGGUGUGACGUGAUCAUAGCGGAUCUGCACCCCGUGGGGUGGUGUACUCAGAACAACAAGGUGUUGAGGCCCCCGGACGCUAUCAAAGAGAAGUAUACAGACUGGACAGAAUUCCUCAUCCGUGAAUUGACUGGCUCUCGGACAGCACCUGCCAACCUUCUGGAAGGUCCUCUACGAGGGAAAGACCCUAUAGACCUCAUUACAGUUGAUUCCUUAAUAGAGCUGCAGGACACCCAGAACCCCUUUCAGUACUGGAUAGUUAGUGUGAUUGAAAAUGUCGGAGGAAGAUUACGCCUUCGCUAUGUGGGACUGGAGCACACUGAAUCCUAUGACCGCUGGUUAUUUUACUUGGAUUAUAGACUUCGACCAAUUGGUUGGUGUCAAGAAAACAAGUACAGAAUGGACCCACCUUCAGAACUUUAUUAUCUGAAGUUGCCUUUUGAAUGGAAAUGUGCUCUGGAGAAAUCCCUAAUUAUUGCUGCAGAGUCUCCUCUUCCAAUGGAAGUAUUUAAGGACCAUGCAGAGUUGCAAAGCCAUUUCUUUACAGUUGGGAUGCGGCUGGAGACAUUGCAUAUAAGUGAUCCUUUUCAUAUCUACCCUGCAUCAGUGACCAAGGUUUUUAAUAGUCAUUUUUUCCAAGUGGCCAUUGAUGACCUAAGACCUGAAGCUAAUAAACUCACGAUGCUGUGCCAUGCAGAUUCUUUGGGGAUUUUGCCAGUACAGUGGUGCCUUAAAAAUGGAGUCAACCUCGCUCCUCCAAAAGGUUACUCAGGCCAGGACUUUAACUGGGUGGAUUAUCACAAGCAGCGCGAGGCAGAAGAAGCCCCUCCUUUCUGCUUCAAAAACGCAUUUUCUCGGGGCUUUGCCAAGAACAUGAAGCUGGAAGCUGUGAACCCCAGGAAUCCAGCAGAGGUGUGCGCGGCCACAGUGGUCAGCGUGAAAGGGCGCAUGCUCUGGAUCCAUUUAGAAGGUCUGGAGAACCCAAUGCCAGAGAUCAUUGUGGAUAUGGACUCCAUGGAUCUCUUCCCAGUGGGCUGGUGCGAGGCGAAUUCUUACCCUUUGACCACACCAUACAAAGCAUCCUCAAAAAGCAAGAGAACGACUGUCCUUGUACAGCCGGAAAAACAAUUAUUAUCCCCAGUGCCUGUUGAGAAAAUACCUCAUGAACUUAGCUUGCUGCCUCAGAUGGACACUCCAGCAGGAGCCGUCAAUCCCAAGUACUGCUGCCCUCAGCUGUUCGUCAACCACCGCUGUUUCUCAGGGCCAUUCCUGAACAAAGGAAGGAUUUCAGAGCUACCUCAGUCAGUGGGACCUGGCAUGUGCGUGCUGGUGCUUAAAGAGAUUCUUACCAUGAUUACCAAUGCAGCCUACAAGCCCGGGAGGGUACUGAGAGAAUUACAGCUGGUGGAAGACCCAGAGUGGAAUUCCCAGGAGGAGGUCCUCAAGGCAAAAUACCGAGGCAAAACCUACAGGGCCGUGGUCAAGAUCGUGCGGACAGCAGACCAAGUGUUGAAUUUCUGCCGGCGAGUUUGUGCCAAGCUGGAAUGCUGUCCAAACUUAUUGAGCCCUGUGUUGCUCUCUGAAACCUGCCCAGAGAACUGUUCCUUCCACACCAAAACCAAAUACACCUAUUAUUAUGGGAAAAGAAAGCGGGUCAUUCAACCACCACUUGGAGAUAGCAACACGGACAAUGUACCAAAACCAGGCAGGAGAAGGAAACGACGGAAAUCAAUUUACGUGCAGAAGAGACGGAAAUCCUCUGCUGUGGUCAUCCCAGUGAGCUCCGCGCAGGAGACUGAAGAGGAUGACCCAGAUGCCGUGGACACUGCAAGUGAGGAAACCAGUCCCGAGGUCCGGGAUGACCAGAGAGACACCUCGGCAGCACAGGUGCCCUUCGCCCGGCCGCAGAGGGCUGUGACCCUGAGGAGAAAUUCAGAGGCUUUGAAGCAGCCUCCAGUGGAAAGGGCACGGAGGGCCUGCCCAGCGCCAGCUGCUGCUGCUGCUUCGAAUAACAGGAACAAGGGUCCACUUGUUCGGAUUGAGAAGUCAGAGGAUUCAAGCCAAGCGGAUGAGGAGAGAUUGAUUCUUGAGAGCAAUCCGCUGGAGUGGUCAGUCACGGAUGUGGUGCGAUUUAUCAAGCUGACCGACUGCGCACCUUUGGCCAGGAUCUUUCAGGAGCAGGACAUCGACGGCCAGGCGCUCCUCCUGCUGACUCUCCCCACUGUGCAGGAGUGCAUGGAGCUGAAGCUGGGACCUGCUAUCAAGUUAUGCCAUCAGAUCGAGAGAGUGAAGGUGGCUUUCUAUGCCCAGUAUGCCAACUAACUCGCCUUUCUUGGCAGGUGUCGCCUGAUGCUGAGGAUGCUGUGUUUGUUGUAAAGGUUCCAGGACCGAGACCUUGAUUUCCUGGGCUUCGUGAAAUGGCACGAUCAUUGGUGAUCUACAAAAAGCCAGAAGCCCAGGGCCUCCUUUUUGCACCAGCCUAUUUGAUAGUCCUCUAUUUUUAAAGCACACGGAUGGAGCGCCAGCAGAUUUGAGAGUAUUGUGAAAGUUCUGAGACAGACCUUCCCUGCCUUAGAACUUCCCAGUUCCCCCUUUUAAUUCCACUCAAACAAAGCAGGCAGUUUUCUGGAAGCCAGGUUUCCUUACACCGAGGUCCAGGUUCUUGGGAAACUAAGAUGAAUUGAGUGUGCCCGAGCAGAAUACCCGCCCAUCUUGCUGCCACUUUUGCCUGGCUCACACUCACGCUCUUGUACAGUUCUGUCUGCCACACACACUCUCGAUAUCGUGGUUUAGAGCCACCUCCCAUCCCCUUUGAUCUCCCUUAGCUCCAUUCUCCCACACAACUCUGGGCUCUGUUUAGCUCCGUCCUCUGUCAGAGGUGCCUUUUUCACAAGUACGGCGCUUACCGCGAGACUGCUACCGCGUAAGCGAAGCCUAGAACAUUUGCAGUAGCGAACCCUCUCUGUAGUCUCCUGCAGAACCAUAGCUUCUUUGGUGUUCUAAGAUCACUGUGACCAGUCAGGAGGAGGCUGCUUUAGGGAAGCAUCAAAUUCUGUAUUGAAGAAAAGCUUUCAGUGGGGCAUGUAUAGAAAAAGAUUUUGUGGGAAGUGUUUUUUUUU